AUGGUGGAAGGAGAACUGGAGUCCCAGAUCUUCAACAGAGAUCUUAAGAACAACCUAGAGAACGUCGACCUCGCCGUUCUAAAUCAGGAGAUGGAGAGACUGAUACCAGUGGACAAUCCCGUGGUGGCUUGUCCGCUUCCAAGCGAGCGGCGCUGCAAAGCCGAGAUCAAAGAUGGGAUGUUGACAUGCAGGAUGGCCAGGGACGACAGAGUUUACGAGUUCGAGAAGAAGCUCAAGCUUCGAGCCUUGACCACGCCAGAGUUUAACGAGGUGGCUGAGAAGGUGGCUUCUGACCUUGCGAUCACUGAAACAAAGGUGGUGCGGGAGAUCGGAGGAGACCUGCAGGUCUUUGAGGAGAAGUGGACCAUGUACAACAAAGACCUCGGCUGCAAGGGAUCGAACUCAGUCUUCUUGAGAAGGUUCCGACGCUUGAUCGAGCUCAAUGAAGGCUAUGUGCAUUUCAAACUCUGGCAGACCUUUCUGGAGUGGUUGUAUUCGAUGACCAUCGUCUUCGUCGCCCCCUGCAUACUGUGGCAGGUGCGGAAAGGAGAUGAUUCAGACUUGGACAUGCUCGGCUACCUGUCGAUCGUCACAUCCGUACUGCAGCUUUUCCUGCCAGGCUUCGUCUCCGCCAUUUUCAAGAAGGACAUCCGGUGCGGCCUCCUGGUUGAGUUUCUGGUCAAGUUGCAGUUCGUCGUCAUGCUCAUGGACACUCUGGUCAACAUCCGCAGCGGCGUCACCUGCAUCAACGGGGCCUCACUUCUCAUGUCGGGCCUGUUUGUGAGCUUGAUCCAGCAAGCCAACGUCCGCUACGGGAAUAUGGUGAUGGUCAGGCGGCUGACGGAGAUCGUCGUCGUCCUCUGCACCAUCUACGCCUGCAUCCUCGCUCCGGUCUUGAGCGGGUUUGAGAAGCUUGCCCUCCUCAUCUUCAUCUUCCUUGGGCUCAUGGACGUGCUGGCCGGGCAGCUGACGUAUCCUAAGUGUCACGGGCAGGGAGACAUGGCAAAAACGCGAUGGUGCAAAGCCCAGUCAGAGUAUCAGUGGGUUCUUUGGACAACAUUCUUUCUCAAGAUGGUCUGCUCUCAGACCGACAAGAUCUCCAUCUUGAUCUACAAGCCUCUUCCCUCCAAGUAUGGCGUCGAAUACCAGAUCCUCAAGGCCCAGCAUGUUGUCGUGGGGGUCAGCAGCCCUUGGGUGAACUGCUCGGAGACUAGAGGGGUCAAGACCUCCGGCCAGCCGAUCCUCUUCCCCGAGGUGAUCCUAGCCAAGAGCGUGACGAGCAAGCAGCAGUGCGAGAUGAAGCUAGACAUGGUCCACCUCGAGCUCGCCAGCGACUGCAUGUUCUGGCAGAGCAGCCCAGGGUGUGCUGGGGAGGUCGUUCCGUUCCCCCAGGUAAUGAGGCAGACGAUGAGGGUGGAGGAGGUACGGACCUGUCUCAAGAUCAAGAGCGUCUGCGGCUACGUCAGCUCCUGCGGUAUCAUGGGCUGUGACGUGAGCCCGGGCGACCGGGUUGACUGUGGGAGCUGCUUCACGGAGCUGAGGGAGGGGGUGCUGGGCUUCAGCUGGACGAUCCCUGUGCCGGUCAGCUCUGCUGCGGCUGCUUUGGUGUUUGUGAUAACCGGCAUGUUGCUGUACGUUACGAUCUUGUUGCAGCUGAGGCUGGAGAGGCUUGCGAACGAAUUCAUGUAUCCGGUGCGACAAUCGUUCAAACAACACGCGUUAGACAAGCGUUUUCUCAAUCAGCUCAAAUUGACGGACACGUUCUCCUACCCUCCACUCCCCAACGACCAAGCCAGCUCCAGCCCUGCUGCUCGUAACUCCGCUAUUAUUCCGAGCGUGCAGGCAGACUUGUCCUACGAUGGCGGCCCAGCACAAGCCCAGCAAGUGGUGUAUAUUCCUCUCCCCCCAGCACAAGCCCAGCAAGUGGUGUAUGUUCCUCUCCCCCCAGCACAAGCCCAGCAACCGGUCUAUGCUCUUCCUUCCCCACCAGCACAAGCCCAGCAACCGGUCUAUGCUCCUCCUCCCCCGCAAGCUGCUUUGAUGCCGCCGAGAGGAGCCCGAGGAUCGUCGGGUCACCUCGACCCCCCAGCCAUGUACCCUGACGGGCAGCAGCUCGCGAUAACUGCUCCCCGCGAGGAGAUGACGUUCGGUCAAGCGUCGGAGAUCCUGCUCGUCAUGUCGUCUGUGCUGGACGACCAGUCUUCCUACAGCUCGCUGAAUGACACUGCCGACGCGAUCGCCAAGGCUUGCUCCUCUGCCUUGGUCUCGAGCUCACUGGCCCUGCAGGAGUGCGAGCAGGCAAGGAAGUGGGUGCAAGAGGAGAUCCGCAAGGACGGAGCUAAGAGUGAUACGAGGAGGCGUCUCCUUCGCUCCCGCUCACUCUCCGCAGGCGAGACGUACAUGAGGCAGCUCAUCGUCUUGAACGACAAGCUCCAGCAGCAGCUCCAGCGCUACAAGGCAAGGAAGCAACAGCAGCGCAUCCCAGGUUCUGAUAUGGUCUGA